GGCUCAACGAGGCGGCGGGACUGCAGAAUUUCCACACUGAUUAGUCAACAGUGGAAAAUCUGAAGAGAUGCAAGUAGGAAAAAGAAACUAAAACAGGCCUGAAGAGCGAUGCGACAGGCGUGAUGGAGGUCGAGUCCUCCUACUCGGACUUCAUCUCCUGUGACAGGACCGGAGGUCGGAACGCGGUCCCUGACAUCCAGGGGGACUCGGAGGCUGUGAGCGUGAGGAAGCUGGCUGGAGACAUGGGCGCGCUGACGCUCCAGGGGGCAGAAGGACAGACAGAGGCGGGCACCCCAGACAAGGAAGCCAGCAAGCCGCCCGAGAGCAGCGAUGGGACCACCUCGUCUUGAGUCUGACUUUGCCCAUGAAGGGAGGAAGAGAGACCUGCUGUCCCCACCUUGACAGGGACCCCCGGCAUUGGCCUGGCAGCCUCUUCUCUGAGCCCCUGUACCAGGCAAGCCAAGCCAGAGUGAAGCGGCACCCCCGGAGGCCGCCGUGGCCCCUGCCCUGGGAAAAUCUUACCCCUCCUCUGCCCCCCCGCACCCUCCACUCGCCCAGCACCUCCUCACCGUGCCCGGGCACUCUCACACAACCCUGUAGCUGCGGGGCAUUAUUUAUUCAGUGGGCACCUGGGUGAGCUGCACCCCCAGGAAUGAGCCUCCGUAGGUGGUCUGGGCGGCAACCACAGCCCAGCUCUGCCCAGCCUCCUCCAAGCCCAACCUUUGGAGUCAAGACCUUCAUAACCCUUUUUUUAAACACUUUUAAACUUUUUAAAAACUUUAAACCUCUUUUCAGCAGAGAGAAGGGAGCUGACUUUUUUUGGGAGGGUGGGGGAGGCACUCUAAGCUAAACUGACCAUCUGUGCAGCUCCAAGGCCCCUCCUGGAGCCUCCCGGACCCAUUUCUAGGGAAGGGGUUUUGUGCUCAAAACUGACCAACUCUUUGCCCUUUCUACCAACAUAAGUGGCACCUAGGACCCAAGAAAUAAAUGCUGAUGAUUUGUG